AUGCCUGCUCCUCCUCGCCCCAGCCGUGGCAGACCAACCGCCUCUUCCCAGCAGGACGAAGAUCUCUGGAAGGCUUACGCCAAAGCACUCCAGACAAAGUUCUUUAGCAAUCUCGACACAAAGAAUGAGAUCUUCUAUGCCGCUCCCAUCGGGGUGAUGGGCAUUCCUGCUGGUGACAAUAUACUCCAGGAAAUCACCAACAAAGGGGUUUACGACAUUGGCGAUGUUGUCAUGCAGCUGGAUGCUCCUGUGUUCGCUUCUGGAGACAAUAAGUACUCUCAGCGACUUCAAGAAGUUCUUGGGGCUGUAAAGCUCGGACAGAAUCGAGAUGUGGGUGCCCAGAAACGAUUGGACGACAUCCGAGCAAAAGUCAGAAAGCUCAGUGUACAACAUGCAGAGCUGAGCAAGAGAGUAAUUGAGAGUUACGCAGCAGACGAAGAUGAAGGCAACAUGUCUUUCGGACAGUGGGUUCCAAGAAAUUACCCGAGCUUUGAAUUUCUAUCUCGAGAGAAGCAAGCCGCCGCUGCUACUGAAGCAUCCCUAACUGCUCAGAUUGCCGGCCCUGGUUCUGAUCAGCUCAAUAGACAGAGGCAGAAACUGUCCAACGCAGGUGAAAUGCAAAGAGACUAUCCUGGUUUCAACAUGCCAUGUGUCCUAAGGUUUGGCACCAUCACCAGCGGUUCUUCUGACCUCUCCCAGGAGAGUGCUAAAUUGCCGAGACCUGCCUAUACCAUCGACAACUCUUACAGAGACACAGUCGGUAAGUGGAUUAGGGACGCCGGUGGCGAGAACAAGCUGAACUUGACCUUCAACAUCAAUGAUGCCAAGUCAGAGCACUGGGACAAGUUGGGGUUCGUCAAUGUGAACGCCAAUUCACGCUUCGCAUAUUUCUUCAAGGCGAUCUACACCCAGGAUCAUCAGAUGAAGGAGGACUUCAUCACGGCUCAAGAGGCGGGCUCUGAACUCUCAGUGCAGCUGUCAGCAGCCGAAGCGGGUGUCUUUACCGUCAAGCCGGGUGAUUGGGAUAUGCCCAACAUUAUGGACGAGUACCGUAAUUUCCGGCCCGAAGUAGCUCGUGAGAUUGGUCCUGCGGCUAGAGUCGACCAAGUCAUUCUCGCUUACAAGGUGGCCAUGAAGUUGUCCUUACAAGCCAAUCUCGCCGAGCGCGUCUAUGAUAUAACACACAAGGCCAAGAGUACUGGCGGAUCAGUGAGCUUCUUCGGAUUGGAGGUUGGGUUUGGGGGUGGAAGUAAAGACGAGGUCAGCAUUUCUGGCUCGACCAUUGAAAUCCGCAAGGAUCUUGGAUAUCCUGUCCUAUUAGGUGUAAAGGGCAAGAAACUUCCAGCUCUUCCGACUGGCCGCUAG